AUGGCUAUUAUUAUCAGUGUACGCUCGAGCCAGGAUCAGGCUACCAAACCGGUCUACUUGGGGGAUAGCCAUCAAACCAAGGGCGGUGACUCGACGAUGCUGCCUGCAUCCACCCUUCUCCGGAUGAAUAUGCUGGAAUCCGGGGAGGAUCGGGCUUUGGCUGCAGCCAGUCACUUUCUACCGUGUGCUCUGCUUGCCAACUCCUUUCAAACCAGCCAUCAACUCAGCGGAGUAGCCAUCCGGCUUGCAAACAUGGGAGACCACCAAGACCGCCAGUUUGAACAAGACAAGUCCCGCUACGUCAUUCCCGGAGGUAGCGUUGAGAGAGACCGUCUGCGAGUCCAGCACGAAUGGAUCAAGGGCACGGCUGGAGGCCUUAUCAAGGCGCCCCUCGAUCUAACGGCCCAGGGAAUGAAGGUCCUCGACUCGGCUACUGCUGAUGGUUUCUGGAUCCACGAUGUCCGUCUCGUGCUGCCUGACGACACCGAGUAUGUUGGCUUCGAUAUUGCCGUGACGGAGCCCUUCCCGCCGGCCUGGGAGAACAGCUUCGACCUGAUCAACCAGCGCCUGCUGUUCGCCUUCUUCCAGCGGCAGGAAAUCAACCAGAUCGUCAAGCGUCUCGUCGGCUGUCUCAAGCCAGGCGGGUGGAUCCAGUUCUUCGAAUAUGACCACUACACCAUGGUGACGGACCCGCAGGCGACGACCUACCUGCUCUUCUACAAAUUUGCAGAGCAGAAAGUGCGCAACCUCCAUGUCAAGCGGGACAUCAUGGAUGCCCUUGCAGACGCUGGAUGCGAGCACAUCCAGAGCGAGUGCCUCGAGAUGGUGGCUGGCAGCGCCCAUGUCGAUCGCGAGCAGGGGAUGCGAGGCCGGCGGGUCAGCCGCGUCCUGUUCCACUCCUUUGGCAGUCUCGUCAAGCUGGAAGAUAUUGGGCUGAGCGAGGAUCGCCGGCCGUCGCUCGCCGCUGAGCUGGAGAAGGAUAUGGACAUGUACAAGACGGGGGUCGCUGGCAACUUCAUCUGGGCGCAGAAGCCCGAGGGUAUUUAG